AUGACCAUUCUCGACAAGCAGCGUUUCUACCAGACUGGCCACGGCCCCAUUUACAUGCGCACACCCGCAUCGAAGGUCAUGGUCAAGGGUCUCUACGGCCUCAUCAUUUUUGGAACCAUCUACAGCGCCUACAACCUCGGCAGGCUUAUUGCCGGAAAGAAGAAUUAA